AAAUUUGAAUAUCCUGUGUGUUUACUUUUCAAUUUUUGAUUUCCUUUUUUUCGUUACCAAUUUAUUGUGUUGUAAAGUUUUACUCUUCUAUUAUUUCGUGUUUAUCUCUAUUUUCCCUCUUCAUUAAUUACUUUCCUUGUUAAGUUAUAACGCCCACUAUAUAUUUGUAAGAUACAUGAAGAAAGUAUAUCAUGAAAAUUCUGGAGGCUCUUCCCUGCUGUCACUUUUGCUUGCUGGGUUUCCUCCCGAUUUCAUCACAAGCGUGAAAGGUGUGACCUUAUCUUUGUUUUUUCAGUUGAGAGUGAUUUUAGGACAUAGAACCUUGUUUGCUUGCUGCUCGUGGUUGAAAAAGAUUUUACUUUUUUCCGCAGUUUUGGUUGGUUUUCCGAAGUGGGUUUUUGAAAAUCUAUGCCGUUUUAUGUGGAGGGAAUGGCGUAUUCAUUUGCGAGUUUCAGGGUGUCGCCUUCUUUUGCAAGGAGUUCAGAAUGUAAGCCUCGUUUGCGGGUGAGAGCUGAGAGUGUGACCGGUGGUGAGUCUGCAGCAGUUCUGUCCUCUGAUUUAGGCUCGGUUAAUGGCUCAGCUUCUCUGGUUAGGGAGAACGAGAAAGAUGGGAUUUUGAUUGGUGGAGAGAGGAAUGGAGGAUUGAAGUCUGGAAUAGUUGAAGAGAAGAAGAAGAAGAAGUUGGUGAAAGGUGAAGUCUGGAGAGAACUGGAGGUGUUGUGGGAUGAUGGAUAUGGGACUAAGACUGUGAAGGAUUAUCUUGAAGGAGCUAAAGAGAUGGUUAAGCCUGAUGGUGGACCUCCUAGAUGGUUUUGCCCUGUCGAUUGUGGGAGUUCUGUCAAAGAUGCUCCAAUUCUUCUGUUUUUGCCUGGGCUUGAUGGUUUUGGGAUGGGCCUUAUUUUACACCAUAAGUCUCUUGGGAGGUAAGUUUCUAUAAUCUUUUUCUUUAUCAUAUACAUAACAAUUUAUGACCGAACUCCAUUUGAAGGUCUAGUGAAACUUGUUGAAGAAACAGUGAGGUCUGAGCAUGCUUCUAAUCCAAAUAAGCCAAUCUAUUUGGUUGGAGACUCUUUUGGAGGAUGCUUAGCACUUGCUGUGGCUGCUCGAAAUCCUUCUGUUGACCUAAUCUUGAUAUUAGUCAAUCCAGCUACUUCUUUUGGGAGGUCACAGCUGCAACCCUUGUUGCCUAUCUUGGAGGCUUUGCCAGAUGGACUACAUACAACAGUGCCCUAUGCUCUGAGCUUCAUUCUGGGUAAUCCAUUGAAGAUGGCAACAGUUAGUAUUGACAGUAGGCUUCCUCUGAGUUUAAGAAUGGAAAAAUUGUCUGGCAACCUCACUUCUUUGCUUCCUCUUCUUUCUGUUUUGGCAGAUAUUAUUCCAAAGGAAACUCUCCUUUGGAAACUAAAGUUGCUUAAAUCAGGUGCAGCUUAUGCUAAUUCCCGUCUCCAUGCUGUCAAAGCCGAAGUACUAGUCCUAGCCAGUGGCAAUGACUACAUGGUUCCUAGUUCAGAUGAAGCUAAGCGUCUCUAUAGUUUGUUAAAGAACUGCAAAGUUCGUUGCUUUAAGGACAAUGGGCAUACCCUUUUGCUGGAAGAUGGCAUUAGUUUGCUGACUGUCAUUAAAGGUACAGGCAAAUAUCGUCGAUCAAAGAGGUUGAAUUUCGUCUCAGAUUAUCUGCCUCCUAGUAAGGGCGAAUAUGAAUAUGCUUUUGACGAAGUAGCUGGGUACAAUCUUUUCAGACUUUUCGAAACUAAAUCACAUGUUCUUCUUUAUCCUGGAGGUGCACGUGAGGCUCUUCAUUUGAAGGGUGAAGAAUAUAAAUUAUUUUGGCCUGACCACCAAGAAUUUGUGAGAAUGGCUGCAAGGUUUGGCGCUACAAUUGUACCAUUUGGGGUUGUUGGAGAAGACGAUAUAGCCGAAUUGGUUCUUGAUCACGAUGACCUAAUGAGAAUCCCCGUGGUGAAUGACUAUAUCAGAGAGAGAACUCGUGAUACUGUAAAAAUAAGGGAUGAAUCAAGUGGGGAAGUUGCCAAUCAACAGCUGUUUCCACCAGGUCUACUGCCUAAAGUUCCUGGCCGUUUUUACUAUCUGUUCGGGAAGCCAAUGAAAACAGAGGGAAGAGAAGAUUUGUUGAAGGACAAAGAAAAAGCAAACCAAUUAUAUCUGCAGAUAAAGUCAGAGGUUGAAAGAAAUAUCGAUUACUUGUUGAAGAAACGUAAGGAGGAUCCUUACCGGGGUAUUCUCGAUAGAUUAUUCUACCGUGCAUUACAUGCUCCUCUGACUGACAUUCCAACAUUUGAACUUUGAUAAAUUACUGAAGGUAUAAACUUAUAUUCUUCAUGUUAUGCAAUAGUUAUUUAGUGGAAAUUUAUUAAUCUGCAAGAUCAAUGAUCUAAGAAUGUUGAUAUUCUUUUGUAUCUAUUUUGUUAGAUACAGAAAUGAGGUCUUCAUAAAUAGCAUUAUCAACUAUCCUAUCGAGAAUCUAUACUGUUUAGUAGGAUUCUUACAGUGUAAAGAUGAUUAUUGAAUCAUUAAGGUGAUAUUUUUUUCUA